UACAGCAGCUUUUUACCACCUCUAGGUAAAGUGGGCACGAUUUUUCUGUUUUUUACCGAAUGCUUUAAUUAAAUCCAACAAUAAAACGCUAAAUAAGUUUAAAACGGCGGGCAAAACGUGCGGAAACCAUGCGACUCUUUGAAAAUGUCAACGGUUUGAGGAAAAUUCGAGCGGGAAAAGCGCAGUGAGCGAAAAUUCAUUGAGUGCGCGUGUGGGGAGAAGAAGAAAAGUGGAAAUACAACGCUGAAAAUUAGCAGCGGCAAAAAACGUAGUAAACAAUUGUAAUGCGCUGAGCAUUCAGCCGCCAAGUGGGAUCGAUUAAAAUGACGGAAACCUUCGACGAGGAGCUGUUCGAGACGCGACUGGAGGCGCUAAAGGACACGCAGGAGGGCAUCCAGCAGAUGUCAAACUGGUGCCUACAGCACCGUUCAAACCACAAGAAGAUCAUCCAGUGCUGGCUGAACGUCUUCAAAAGGGUUCGCGUGGACCACCGCCUGGUUCUGUUCUAUCUGGCCAACGAUGUUAUCCAGUACAGCAAGCGCAAGCGCUACGAGUUUGUGGAGUGCUGGGCCACAGCCCUCCAAAGAGCCACCACCAUGGUGCGCGACGAGCGCGUCAAAGAUAAAAUCCUACGAAUCUUCAAGAUCUGGGAGCAGCGUGAGAUCUACAAUGAGGAGUACCUCAGCGACUUGAGCGGCCUGCUGAACAUAGCGCCGCCCAAAAAGUCCCAGGUCGAUGUCAGCGACGAGUUCCAGAAUGCCACUCUGAUCGCCCAGGUGAGGGAGUGCGUCGAACUGGCCGAGAUCACCGACAAAAGCAUGCAGAAGCUGCCCAAGCCGCCAACCUUCGAGAUUGAAGUCAUCAAGCAGCAGCUGAAGGACAAGAGCCACUCGGGAGAUAUUGAGAAGGAGGUAGAACGCUGUGUGGCCUUCAUCAAUGCCUACAAUAAGAACCUGCAGAACGAAAUUAAGAGUCGGAAGGCGGUACUAGCCAGUAUUGAAGCGGCGAAAAAGUUUUACGAGCAUCAGGGAAAGGAAGUCAAAGUGGUUGCCAGUGCCUAUAAGAGCUUUGGUACGCGCAUUAAAAUAGUGAAACGAAAGCUGGACGAGACCAUACCCAACCUGUCUAGCCCGAUACCCUCGCCGGACGUAAAUGCUCCUUCACCCGAACGCGAUGCAGAUCUCCAGUUGCCCGAGGAAAAUAAUUUGCCAUUGAACCUGUUUGGUGGUAAUAUAAAUGGCUUUACAAGCUAUCUGGAUGGUGGCAAGCUGCCCUUCGACAUCAACGACUUCAAGCGGGACUCGAAAGAUCGGGGCAGUGCCAUUGAGGUGAUAGGCUCGCGUUCGGAUGACGAAGCAUACGUGCCAAGUGCCAAUUUCUACAAGCCGGAGCCUAUUUCCAGUUCCGAUAGCAGCUCCAUACCAGGUCUUGGAGGAUCUGCAGAAUAUACUCCAAAUCCGCCCCUUUUCGGUUCUGGCAGCCAAGACCAAUAUGUCCCGCCUCCACCAUCACACCUCUACGGUGAUAACGGAAACGGAGGAAGCAGUGGGGGUCCUCCGGACCAGUACACGCCUGCGCCCAUGCCACCGCCACCCUUGCCACCGUCGCUUGCACCGUCCAGUGGAUCGGCAGAUGACUUCAACAGCACGUGGAAUAUGAGUAUGUCGUGGACGCCGCUGGACUCUAGCCUAAACAGUAGUGGAGCAAGCUCUUCUUCAUAUGCAAAUCAAUCAACUCCCCAUUCGCCGCCGCACUUUGACAGGAAGGCCAGCUCCACGGCAGCUCCGAUCGAAUAUAACGAGCUUCUACAUACGAAUCCUGCAGCGCUGGGCGCCGAGGACGUAGACCAUCGCACUUUGCAGCUUCCCCCGGCGUUCGAUUUUGGCGCCAAGUUGGGUCUGAGCAAGGACAAGACCAGGCAGUUGGUGGACAUUGACCACAGGAAUUUAAUAUCACUGACUGGUUCCCCUGGCGGAGCAGAAAAGUCUUCCUUUCAGGACUUUCCUGGCGGCGAUGUGGAUUACCGCAUUGUCCCGAAUCCCAACGAUGAAGGCAUCAUGGCUCCACCUGGCAACAACUAUGCAAAAAACAAGACGUGUUCGCCGCUUAAGUCCAAUGCUAGCUCUUCAUCUGAAUCGGAUCGUGUAGAUGGAGCUACGCGUUAUGAUCCUGCUGAUAUGGUUAUUGAUAUGGAUAUGUCGGAUGAUGAUAUUGAUGAGUCACUAAGAGAGCCCAAGGAGAAUAAUGGAGAAGCCGAUACGGACGCCAAUGGUGCAUUGACGCCUUCUCGUCCAGUUUUGCUGGAAACUCCACCUGAGUUUAUUAAUCCCUGGGACGCAAACAACAGCUUUAUGGGGCCACCUUUGCCCGAUGAAGAGGAUCAGCAGCAACACCAUGAACAGCAGCAAAAUCAACAGCAAGAGCAUCAGCAACAUCACCCACAUCAGCAGCAUCAACAGCAGCAGCCCUGGAACCAAAUGAAUCCCAUGCAAAUGGGAGGAGGUGGAGCACCGCCACCCCCGCGACCUCCAUAUGGACAACCUUUCCCGCCCUUUCAGCGCUUUUCCGGUCCACCGAUGAAUGGUCCCGAUGGAAUGCAGCGUGGGCGUGGAAGAGGUCGGGGUUGGAAUGCAACCGGACCAGGUCCUUUUAGACCGCCUUACCAACGAAUGCCCGGACCGGGAUUUGAUGGACCCGGACCAGGGCCGCGACCAUUUUUUCCUAGAGGGGGCGGACCUGGCGGUCCAAUGCGUGGCCGCGGGCGCAUGCGUGGUAAAGCUUGGAUGAUGUAAUUACGUAUUUUAUAAAUCUACAAAAAGAGAGACCCUAGUUUUAGAUUUCACCUAUCUCACUUUGAUAUAAUUUAACAAAAAAGUGUAUUGUAUAGAACAGAUAACUCAUUAACCCCACACAUUUCUCUUGGUUUCCCUUUGGGCGGUGGGCAGAUGACGUUGGCAGAAAAUAUUGUACAUUGCUGUGUAUAAUAUUACCCUACCAACCUAUGGUUCUUAUUGAAAGCCGAUGAUUUUCAAUGUAUAAAAAAGUGAGUUCUUGAGAUCAUAAAUAAUAUGCAACAUGAAUUCUAAACAAAAAGCUAUCGGCAAUUUUAGCAAAAAUUAAAUAAAAUAUUCACGAACUUCGUUGAACUAUUUUAUUGUUAAGAUAAAAAUGGAUUACUAUGAAAACGCAUUUUGUUUUCAAUCAGCCAACGUCAGCAGCCUUCAUCAAGGGGAAUCUAGGACAACACGUGCAAAGACUUUACACUUACACUUUCGUCUUAACUUAUCUUUUUGUGUUGACAUAGAAUAAGUAAAUAGUGUAUAAUUAGUUAAUGCCUUCGCUUAUUCAUAGUGCUAAACAUAGACACUAGUAAUUGUAAAUAGUUAUAACGAAAAUUAGUCCAAAAAUUAAUUGUUAACGUAAUUCAAAAGUUCUACGCUCUUCACUCAUUGUCAAUGA